AUGCUCCAUAUUUACGAGGAGGAUCCGGAGUCUGAUGCCAACGAUUAUCGCCAUGGGACAAGCCAGGAUGGCCAGCUCGGUCGUGACAGCAGCAGCCAGCUCAGCCUUUCUCUGCACCUACCCAAGAACCGCAGCACCGGCAAUCUCGCCUUACCUGUCGAUACCCCGGCCAAGGCUCGCUUCCGACUCUCCUUUGAUGCUGGCGCAGCUGCUGCCGAUUACGACGCCAUGGCUCAGUAUGCCCACAGCCACUGGCUGCUCCCUGUCUUUUUGUCUCCCGCCUCUCUGCUAACCUUCACUAUCAACAGCUCUCCCAUCAUGACCGACCAUGAUCAUGGCUUGGGCCGCUCUGGCCUUCGCCGUAUCCGUCAACACGUCCCUAUGCGAGCCCCAACCCUUCCGUCCAGCGCGUCUUCUCGUGCGUCGUCCAUUGGCCUGCCUCGUUCCUCCUCCAUGACUACGAUGCUCCAAAGUUCGCGCACCCUCUCUCCGAAGCCUUCCUGUCCGGCCUUCACGACGGCCUUCACGGAAGACCUGUCCCGCUUCUCGUCCGAGUCCCUGCACUCCUUCAGCUUCGCUCACCAGUCCGAGGAGCUAUUGCACAACCGCCAAAGCGUCCUCAAGCGCUCCGUCGAGUUUAUGCAGGACCGCAUGGGUUGGCCGGCCAGCUCCAAUGCUGGUCUGGCCAGUGCCCAAGCCCGCGCCUCCGGCGACCUCGAGACCCAGAAUAUGCUCGACCUCUUGGCGCGUGCCCAGCUUGUCGGUGCCGGCAACUUGCCCAAUUCGGAUCCAAACAUGAUCAUAGGGCCCUUGAGUGGACCGCCCUCGCUGACAAACGAAAACGUCUUCGACAAGAGCUUUAUUCCCCGGACUGCCAGCCCAGAGCAGCUUUCUGGAUCGGAAACAGCACCGAACUCUGCCUUGCCGUCCCCUGUGCUCUUGAGGACGACGGCCUUUGCGGACAACUCUGUUUCCCCGCUGCAAGGCAGUCCCGUCGCCAGUCCCGUCAUCAGCCCCAGCAGCGGCGGUGGCCUGCAAGUGGCCGCGAAUCAGACCUCUGGCCCUUCCGUAUAUACUGCCUCUGCGGCCUCAGACUCGGCCGAAUCUUCGCGCACGCCAACAAAUGAAAGCGGCACUACGCAGAAGACGUCCCCACCUGCCUCUCGGCACCCGAGUCUUUUGCUCAGGCGGUCCAUGACAGACAUUGCACCUGUUGUCGUGCAGCAGAGGUUGAUAGACACACUGGCCAGGUCAUAUGUCCCUGGCUCGGUGGAAGCACAAACGACUGCAAACUACGGCGUGCUAGCGACCCCUGGUGAGAAUCCAUAUGACUUGGCGAGCUCUCCCCAUGCAUCUCUCCAGCCGCUGGCUUCUCCACUGAGCAUGCCUGGAAAUCUGGGGUCGGCGGUCCAUUCACACACCUCGCGCUGGGUGCCCGCAGCACAGGCCAUCUUCACUACCGAGGCGAAGCCGCCAUGGACGAUCAUUGCGGCCAACGACCUUGCGUGUCUUGUAUUUGGAGUGACAAAGGCAGAGGUCCGUAAGAUGGGCAUUCUGGAGGUCGUCCAGGAAGAGCGGCGAGCCUGGCUGGAGAAAAAGCUGCUGCAUGCCGAUCCUGACGAUCCUGGCGAUCUUGGUGAUCCCGGCGAAGACAUCGCCGGGAUCAAGGAUGAGGGCGAUGGUAUGUUGACCGAACAACGGUCAUCAGCCAGCUCCUCGAUUAGCAUACUUGGAUCUCGUGGAGGCGGUAUUACAGCAAAGCUCUUGAGCAAGCCGAACUCCCGGACACAAACUCCACAAGGCAGCAGCCAGCACCGGCUCCUAUCUCUACAAGGCAAAGAGCAACAACGGUUACUGCAGGCCCGCCGUGCAAACACUAUACACGGCGGUGAACCGAAGCCGCCCAAACCGGCCGGUAGCAGCCACCAUCACCACACCAACUCGCGUGGCGUUCUCCUCUGUGGUGAUGUCGUGCCCAUCCAGAAGCGCAACGGGGCAACCGGCUCGGCCAGUCUCUGGGUGAAGGAGAAGCGCAUCGGCCUGAUCUGGGUCCUUGAAGAGAUCCACGAGGACGUGGCCACGGUCGUGGUCGACGACGACGGCAGUGUCGUCGACGUCAACGGGUCCCUCGGCUCGAUCUGGGGCGACGAGACAAUGCAGCCCGGCGUGGACAUUGGCAAGCUGGUGCCUCGUAUCCCGCGGCUAGGCUUCGACACAUGGUCUGGCCCAGUUGAUUUUGCCGAGGUUGAACGGCGCAAAUACUAUACCUGUCGCAACUGCGACCGCAUCAACAUCCCAGCCACAGUCGAGCGCGUGUCCGGCCAGUCGGCGCUGCGCAUCUCCAGCUUCCCGCACAUUGCGGGUAUCAUUGUGGUGUCGACCAAGACGUUGGCUAUCAGGAGCUCAAAUUCGGUCUUUGCCGGCGCUCUGUUUGGCUACGAGAUGCUCAACGGUUACCCCAUCAACCAGUUGAUCCCAGACUUCGACAAGAUUCUGCAGAUCCUCACCGAUGUAGACAACAUCCACUUGGUUGAUGGCAUGGUGGUCCCGGAGCACAGCUUUCGAAAGGCGUCGGCAUUCCUGGCCCUGCGCGAAGGACGACCCGAUGCUAGCACGGCCUUUUUGCGCCCCGAGGGCCUGCCGGCACACCACCGGGACGGCUCCGAACUAAAGAUUGACGUGCAGAUGCGAGUUGUCAAGAGCGAAAAGCGGACGCGAAUUCACGAGGAGACGGUGGUGGAGGAAGAUGAAGAAAACGAGGAAGACGAGUCUACAACCGCGUCGUCCUCCCUUACCGGCGAUUCCGCCCAAACCUCAUUCACAGUGUCUCAGUCAGAGAUGGUGUACGCCCUAUGGAUCACGUACUCGCGACACCUGCAUGCGACGCGGCAGAACCUGGGCAUCGCCUCGCCGUUGUUGUCGGGCUUUGCCACUCCGUUGCAUCAGCCAUCGCCUGGACAAACGCCGAACCACUCACCGACCGAAAUGAUGUCACCCCAGACGACGAUUGACCGACGCCUGCAGAUGUCACCGCGGAGCUUUGGCGAGCAAAAAUCAGUGGCGCAGGCGCUGACUCGCCAACUGGAGGAUGUGGCGAUGAAAACGGCCCGGGAAGGCGACCAGCCAGGCACGAUGCCGUCGAUCCUAUCACAGAUGUCGGUGCAGGGUGCGACACCGAAGGCUACGGUGGUGGCGGCAGCAGCAGGGUCGAUGCCAGCUUUGCCUUUGCCAGGCGCGACGGCGAAGACAAAGACGGCAACCAGCCAGUCAUCCGCCAGCACGGCAACAAUUGUGCCCACUGCAUCCGCUUCUGCGAUGGCGACCACAAUGACAACCGCGACCACGGGCCCCGGAUCGACAGGGUCAGAGCACAAGAAGACGAUUGACGACUUUACUAUUGUCGAGGAGAUGGGGCAGGGCGCGUAUGGUCAGGUGAAGCUGGCCAGAUACAAGUCGACAGGCAAGAAGGUGAUUAUCAAGUACGUGACAAAGCGGCGCAUCCUGGUGGAUACCUGGACACGUGACCGGCGGCUGGGCACAGUACCGCUGGAGAUCCACGUGCUCGACUACCUGCGACGAGACGGGCUGCAGCAUCCCAACAUCGUGGAGAUGGAGGAUUUUUUCGAGGACGAUGUGAACUACUACAUCGAGAUGGUGCCCCACGGGCUGCCAGGCAUGGACUUGUUCGACUACAUUGAGCUGCGGCGCAACAUGGAGGAAUCAGAGUGCCAGUGCAUCUUUGUGCAGGUGGCCCAGGCGAUCCACCACCUGCACACAAAGGCGAUGGUGGUGCACCGGGACAUCAAGGACGAGAACGUGGUCUUGGACGGAGACGGCCACAUUCGGCUGAUUGACUUUGGUAGCGCGGCCUAUAUCAAGAGCGGGCCGUUUGACGUCUUUGUGGGGACAAUCGACUAUGCCGCUCCUGAAGUGCUUGCUGGCCGUCCGUACGGUGGCAAGGAACAGGACGUAUGGGCGCUGGGGAUCCUGCUGUACACGAUCAUCUACAAAGAGAACCCUUUCUACAGCAUCGACGAGAUCAUGGACCGGGAUCUGCGGGUGCCGUACACAAUCAGCGACGACAGCAUCGACCUGAUUCGCCACAUGCUAGACCGCGAUGUGGCUCAGCGGUACUCCAUUGUCCAAGUGUUGGAUCAUCCGUGGUGCCAGAAGGACUGA